AUGGUUCUUCCAUUAGCAUUUUCAGGGUCUAAGGGAGGAAACAAAUGGCCUGUAGCCCGAAUUAAAAAUUUUUGGUCCAAAGCAGAACAACCAUCUUUUUGGCCGUUACACAUACCGUUUUGUUCACCAUCAGCAAGAAAAGAGAUUCCACUAGAUGGCAACAACGAUAAGAAAAUUUUCAGGAAAGUUCUCAACAAGGCAGAACUAACCGAAAUCGUCCUUUCCUAUUGGAAUUACAUUACAGACUUUAAUGAAGAAAACAUCGAAGAAGAGUACCAAGACAUGGAAAAAGAAACUGAUAUAGAGGAAAUAAACGAGGAGAAAGCGGACGAGUUCAAACAAGAAAAAGAAGUGGUAGAAGAAUUCAAGAUGAAGAUAUGGACUACGAGCACAACAAAGAGAAAUAUCUUAAAGAAGAAGGAAACGAAGAAGACGAAAUGGGACCAGAGGAACAUUUCAUGA